CACCUGCUCCUCCCCUCUGACUCAAGUCCUAACAAGUCACCUGGUUCCCCUGGCCCGGCAGGCAGCCUAGGAGGCCGGCAGGCGGGACCGUCCACAGGGAGGGGAGGCCAUCGGCAGCGAGUGGAGAGCGGGAGCCAGGUCAGAGAGGGAGCACUGGAGGCUGGCCUGUGGCCUGGGACACCCUGAGGCGGCAUGCAACACCCCUCAGCCCCCUGACCUGGGAACAGCGGGUGUUUCCGGAAUCCUGGCCCGGACCCCAGAAGCAGCUGGGGAACCUGCAGGCCACCGCCACAUCCUGGCUCAGGUUGGGAACGGUGUCACCCCUCCCUACUCUGUGCCCCCUCCUCCCAGCAGUCCGCCAUGGGGAGUAAGGAUGAGGUCAGCGACACUGACAGUGGCAUCAUCCUGCAGUCUGGCCCUGACAGCCCAGUCUCCCCCGUGAAGGAGUUGACCCACGCCGUGCGCAAACAGCAGAGGGCCCUGGAAGAGCGGCUGGAGGCGUGCCUGGAGGAGCUGAAGAGACUCUGCCUCAGGGAGGCGGAGCUGACGGGUAUCUUGCCAGCAGAGUAUCCCCUCAAACCAGGGGAAAAGGCCCCCAAGGUCCGCCGCAGGAUUGGAGCCGCUUACAAACUGGACGAGCGGGCUUUGCAUAGAGAGGACCCCCUGAGCAGCCUGGAGCGGGAGCUGGCCCUGCAGCUGCAGAUCGCGGAGGCAGCCCGGCGCCUGUGCCGGGAGGAGAACCUCGGCAGGCAGGCCCGGCGGCAGCGCAAGCAGGCCAUGCUGCAGGAGGAGAAGAAGCUGAGGGAGCUGGAGCGCUGCCUGGGCGAGCAGCGGCGCACCAGCAGGCCCCCUUCCGCCGCUGCCCUGCCCCUGGGCCGAGAGCUCAGUGCCUCAGAUGACAGCUCUCUAUCAGAUGGGCUGCUCCUGGAGGAAGAAGAAUCCCAGGUGCCAAAACCUCCCCCGGAGUCCCCAGCUCCACCUUCCCGGCCUCUGCCACCCCAGAGCCUCGAAGGCCUGCAGCCAGCAGGACCUGAGACUGGGGCCCUAGAGCGGGCCCCAAUCCAGAACAGCCCCUGGAAGGAGACCAGCCUGGACCACCCCUAUGAGAAGCCCAGAAAGUCUUCUGAACCCAAUAGCGAGUCCAGCAGCCCAGCCACCACGCCACAGGAUGGGCCCGGUACCUCCAGCGUCUGGCUGCUAGAGCCUGCCUACCACGUGGUGCCCAUCCGCAGCAUUCCUGGCCAGCGGCAGGGCCGCACCAGCGCCCCAGCCACCCCCGAGAUGCAGGGGAGGAGGGGCCAGUCACAGUCUCUGAGGACGGAUUCCUUCCGGGCCGGUCCCGAGGGCCGAGGUCGCAGCGCCUUCCCCCGCCGCCGCCCCACUCACUACACGGUGACCGUGCCCGACUCCUGCUUCCCGCCGACCAAGCCCCCGCUGCCGCACCCCGCCUACCACUCCUGCUCAGAGGACAGUGGCUCCGACGUCUCCAGCAUCUCGCACCCCACGUCGCCGGGCAGCAGCAGCCCCGACAUCUCCUUCCUGCGGCCACUGUCCCCGCCCGAGCGGCCUCGCCACCGCGGGGUCUGGGGCCCGGCCGGCGCGCUCUACCCCAAGCUGCUGCUGCCGCCCGGGCAUUUGGCGGCCGGGCGCUACGCCACCAGGGCCAUCCAUGAGCUCCUGCUGGAACCGAGUCGGCGGAUGGAGGUGCAGACCUUCUUCUCCUCCCUGUUUAUGGCCCUGCUGUUCCGGAUCUCCUUCCUCGUGCUUGAAGGGGACACGGACAUCCAGGAUCAGCAGCAUGUAACCGAAUGGGUGGACCCUGUCAGUUCCAGCAUAGAGGCCCUGAAGACCUUGAUGCUAAGUACCGGGUAUGGAGACUAUGUGUCUUAUGUUCAGAAACUUGGGGCCUGGGAGCUGCUCAGCAGUCCUGAAAGACAUUAUGAGGGCAUCACUCUGCUGGCCAGGACCAUGGUCAUCAAGAAUUGUUGGCAUAACCGCCCCAUCUUCAGCCUCAUCAUCAGCAUGCUCCAAGAACUGGACUACACGAAUCACUUAACGGCCCUCGUGUUUAUGACUGAACUGCUCCGGUGCCCAGGUGUGGCCGCCAUGGUGGACGAAGCCGCCGUCCGCGUUCUGGCAGACUGCUUCCACUAUGAGGAGCCCGCCACGGUGAAGCUCCUGUUGCAGGUGGUGGGGAUCUUUGCAAAGCACAGGAACAUGGUGCGACAGCUCCACCUCCUCCAGCCCCACGUGCUCAACUGCUGCUACUCCCAGGACAGCGACAUUGUGAUGGAGGCGCUCGCGGCGCUCAGGUGUCUCACCGAGCAUCUCAGCUGGCAGCACUCCUCCUCCUUCCUUACUCAGCUCGCCUUCAUGCUCGGGCCCUUCUUUGAGGAGGAAUCUGAGCAGCUGCGCCUGAUGGCCUUUGAGACCUACAGGGCUCUCUUGGCUAAGGUCAAGAGGACAGUGCUUGUCUUCCCCUUGAAGCACCAGGUCCUCAACUUGAUAGUCCUCCUUGUGCUCCACCUGGAGGAUGUGAAUAUCAGCGUGGCUCAGAUCUGCCGGUCUGCCCUCUGUCACACGGCCGCCAUACUGGGCUGGUCAAGGCUCAAAGUGAUAUUUUCCGAGAAAGAUGUGUGGGCUAUCCUCAGAGCCCUGAUGCAUCUCCAGGAGACCCAGUGUGUAUUUGAACUGUGA